AUGACUGUGGAUGAAAUCAAUCGAAUCGAACCUAAUGGAAGUACAGCAUUGCAGAUAGCAUCCUAUCAUAACAAUGCAGCUAUUGUACAUCUAUUAAUUAAACAUGGAGCUUCAGUUUCAAUUCAAAAUGAUUCAACAAAACUUACUCCAUACGAAGAGACAACUUCAUCUUAUAUAAAACAUCUUCUAACAAGUACAGGUAAUAAAGCAUGGAUUGAAUGGACUUUUGUGGAUCCACCGACACGUGAAACAAAACAAAUAUUUGAUACAGAAUUAGAGAAUAGAUUUCAUAACAUGGGUUUAUCAUUUAUACUCAAUUAUUUGCUAAAUCACUAUGCUCGUGGAUAUGUUGCAAAAGCAUCUCCGAAAUCAGCCAAACAAAUUGAACAGUAA